AUAAUAAUAAUAUUUAUAUCCAUCGGGUAUAACCUUAUACCACUGUUUUUUGUCGUUUACCGUGAAAGAUCGUGUGUGAAUAUGUGAAUACUCAGUAUGUUUGUAUAACACUACGUUUAAGUUAGUCAACUUAACUCAAUGAAAGAAUAUUGAUGAUAUGAUGAUUCUUGCUGAUAAUAUUAUUGGCAAGGUAACCUCGAAUCGUAAAGUGAGAGUUAUUGGCUGAACUUAUUUCAUAAUGAAUAGUGACUCUCAGAAGAGAAUAACUCCUAGUGAUGACAUGGAGGUUGACGAACAAAACACCGAAUACGAAGAGAGUGGCUUGAGAGUCGAUGACGAGAUAUACAUCCCACCGCCACUGAGAACUUUCAGUGAGGCCGAUACGACUGGUCCAAGACUCAUGAUUACUAAGAUCAUCAAUGAGAAUUUCAAAAGCUACGCUGGCACAAUUACCAUUGGUCCUUUCCACAAAAGUUUCUCAGCAAUAGUUGGUCCCAAUGGUAGCGGCAAGAGUAAUGUAAUAGAUUCUAUGUUGUUUGUGUUUGGUUAUCGUGCUAGCAAGAUUAGAUCAAAAAAGAUCUCUGUCUUAAUACACAAUUCCAACGAGCAUUCGAAUUUGAAUAGCUGCACUGUCUCUGUACACUUUCAGAGAAUCGUUGAUAAAAAUCUUGAAGGAGACUAUGAAGUCGUCCCAAAUAGUGAGUUUGUUAUAUCUAGGACUGCGUUUAAAGAUAGUUCAUCAUAUUAUGAGCUUGAUAAGAAGAAAGUGCAAUUUAAGGAAAUUGCUAAGGUUCUCCGGUUUCAUGGAGUCGACUUGGAUCAUAAUCGGUUUUUAAUAUUACAAGGUGAAGUAGAACAAAUUGCAAUGAUGAAACCCAAGGGAGAAAAUGAAAAUGAUAUCGGAAUGUUGGAAUUUCUGGAAGACAUUAUUGGCACAUCUCGUUAUAAGGAACCUCUGACAAAGUUAGCAGAUAAAGUUGAAAUGUUAACAGAGCGUAGGAUAGAGAAGUUACAUCGUCUCAGAGUUGUGCAGAAAGAAAAGGAGAAUUUGAAGGAGCCUAUGCAAGAAGCAGUGCAAUACCUAAAGACAGAAAACACAAUAAUCAGAUUAAAACAUCAACUUUAUCAUUGUAAGAGAUCCGAAGCAGUAAAGGAACUUGCGGAGCAUGUGGCGAAAAACGAUACUCUAGAUAAGGAACAAACCGCGUUGAUGGAUGAGAUGAAGACUGUUCGUGAACAGAAAGAAGAAAAGACUAUAAUUAUUAAGAAGAAAAGUAAGAAAUGGGAUACUUUACAGCGACAGAAGGAUGAGGCUACAGCAAAGUACGACAAAUUACGCAAGCGGGAUGAGUCGUUACAUGCCGAACUAGUCGAAACGAAUAAACGGAGGAAAGCUAACACAGCAUCUAUCAAGACGGAAAAAAACAAAAUGGAAGAAUUGCUGACUGUACCAAAAAAGAAUACAAAAGAUAUCAAAGAAUGCGAGAAGUUGAUUGAAACACACACGAUCAAUAAAGAAAAAGAAGAGAUCGCGUUAACGACAUUGAUGGCGAGUCUACGAACACAAACGGAGCCGUUGUUGAUUGAACGAUCCAAUUUGGAAAAGGAACUUAUAUCUCUUAGGAAAAACGUGGAUCAAGCGAAAGCGGCAUAUGAUAUUGCAAAGUCCGAGCUAGAGCUUUAUACAUCGGUGGAAAAGGUUGAAAAAGAAACGCUAGAAAAUCUUCGAGAAGCUGUGGAGGAAACAACAAGCACUCUUAAGGAACGACAGAAGCAGCUGGCGUUAUUCGAGCGGAAAAUUCCGCUAACCAAAACUAGCUUGAAACAGGCACAAGAUGAAUUGAAUGAGGCAAAAAGAUGCGAAAUCGAAAAAACCGCUCAGCUAAAAAAGCUGAGAAUCACUUUCGAGGAACAGCGCUCUGCUAUGCAAGCCAGCACAUCGCGGAACCGUAUCCUGGAUGCAUUAAUGAGAGAGAAGCGAGAGGGACGGAUGCCUGGAAUAUUCGGAAGACUGGGCGAUUUGGGUGCUAUUGACGCCAAAUAUGAUGUUGCUAUAUCGACAGCAUGCGGUCCACUGGACAACAUCGUUGUAGAUACGUUGGCCACGGCGCAAGAAUGUAUUAGAUAUCUGCGGCAACAUAACAUAGGACGUGCAACAUUUAUACCAUUGGAAAAGCAACAGCGAUUCCUGUCCAAGUGCCACAGUAAAAUCCAAACGCCUGAAAAUGUGCAUCGAUUGUUCGAUUUAAUAAAGGUAGAGGAUGAACGGGUGCUGCCGGCGUUCUACUACGCUUUACACGAUACUCUGGUGGCGCAAGAUUUGGAUCAAGCGACGCGUAUUGCCUAUGGCAGGACACGUUAUCGCGUAGUAACGUUGAAAGGCGAGUUAAUCGAACUAUCUGGUACAAUGAGUGGCGGUGGACGUACAGUACUGCGAGGUCGAAUGGGCCAAAAGGUGGUGAGAAGCGAGCCGUCGAAUGCCGAUAUUGAGAAAUUGCAAUCACAACUAGAUAUCAUAUUUGAAGAGUGCAAUAAUCUGAGAGCAAAGCAGCAGCCACUAGAGCAGCAAAUUCAUGUGUUAACGACCGCUCUGCAAGACAUGAAAAUCGAUAGGCAAAAAUUCAGCAUCGAGGUACAAACGUUAAAAGAACAAGAACCAUCGUUGCAAGCACAGCUUAAAGCACAGGAAAAGAAAGCCAUUAAUUCGAUAUCGGAUCCAAAGAAGGUUGCUCAACUGCAACAAGCGUUAGACGCGGCAAACUUUCACUUGGAUGAGGUUAAGGAGAAUUCCGCUUCGGUAGAAAGAGAGGUAGAGUGUAUCAAUAGCAAAAUAGAUGAUAUCUCUGGCAAUCGGGUACGGAAUCAGCAGAAGAAAAUCGCGCAAUUAACCAAAUCGAUAGACCAGGCCAAGGCGGAGGUAUGCCGUCUGCAAGUGGCCAUCAAGACUGCUGAAAGGAACGUCAAGAAGACGGAGAAAUACAUUGAAACACUGGAGAGCGACGUACACGCUUGCGAGGAAAGAUUAAGAAACAUUCAGAAAGAGCAAUCUGAACUCGAGGAACACGCCAAGGUAAUGAUUGAUGAAUUGAAGGAGAUUAAUGAGGCAUUGACAGAACGAGAUGACGCUUUAUCGUCCUUAAGAGAUGAGUUGAACGAGUUGCAGGCGCGCGAAGACAGGAUGAAAGCGAUGAAGAUCGACUUGGAUCAAAAAUUACACGAGAGCAGAAAAUUACUGAAGGAACUUGAACAAGUAAUCCCCGAAUAUAAUCGAAAGAUAGCGGAUUUAAAAUUACGAGCGAUUCCCUGCGAGACUUUGGAGCCGCUUAAAGACUUGACGGAGGAAGAGAUCGAUCAAUUGGAUGUAAAAAUGGUGGCACAGAAUCUACAGAAGGCUAAAAAGAAGCUACCCGAGCAGAUACCUAAUAUGCAGAUUAUUGCGGAUUAUCAGGAAAAGGACGCAUUGUACAUACGUCGUGCUGCUGAUUUGGAGGAAAUGACGUUGAUGCGCAAUAAGAUGCGCGAUAUCUAUGAAACCGCUCGGCGACGUAGAAUUCAAGAAUUCCAGGAUGGCUUUAGCCUGAUUACCAUGAAAUUAAAAGAAAUGUAUCAGAUGAUCACAUUGGGCGGCGAUGCGGAAUUGGAGCUAGUGGACUCGUUGGAUCCGUUUAGCGAGGGUAUUGCAUUCAGUGUGCGUCCACCGAAGAAAUCAUGGAAGAGCAUCAGCAAUCUCAGCGGCGGUGAAAAAACCUUGAGUUCGCUGGCGCUAGUUUUUGCCCUUCAUCACUAUAAACCUACGCCGCUAUAUUUUAUGGAUGAGAUUGAUGCGGCGCUCGACUUCAAAAAUGUCUCAAUCGUCGGUAACUAUAUCAAAGAGCGCACGAAGAACGCGCAAUUCAUCGUCAUCUCACUACGCUCAAACAUGUUUGAAUUGGCGGAUUAUCUAGUGGGUAUCUAUAAAACAUAUAACUGUUCCAAGAGUGUGACUCUCAAUUUGGGCCGUUACUAUGAAAACAACGGCAUCUUACCGCCCACGCAACUCACUUCCAAGAGCUACGCGACGCAAGCUUCGCAAAGAACGCAAGCAAUCUUAUCGCAACGCGUCCAAGCUGGUUCACGUAAGGAGAACACUGCGUCUGUAUUGAAUAAUAAUAAUGCGAAAGAAACACAGUCAAACGAGGAGAGGGUGCUGUCUGCGAAAGAUAAUAACACGAAGGAAGUGAUGCAAAAUGGAGAAAAGACGCCACAAAAGACGAACAAUAAAGCGAAAGAAACGGUGUUAAACGCAGAAAAGUCACCAGUUAUGAAGAGUAAUAACGCAAAGAAGACGCAACAAAAGGAACAACCGGAAGUCGAUCAAUUGAGUCUUCCAGAUUUAGAAGUGUGUAUGACACCACAACAAAGACCAACUCGGCGUUCCAGUAGACUUGCAAGGAAAAGCGAGGAGAUACAAGAAACAACAAGUAUUAACAAAGAACCAAUCAAUAAGAGGCGAAAAUUGAAGUGACUGAACAAUUUUACAAAUGAUUUCGCCGUCCCUAAAUAUAUUAAAUUUUAUUUAUAAAAUUAUACGUGCGAUCGUGUCGCAGAGAGUUAUGCGUCUAUGCCAAUGAAUCUGGAUUCAAAUCCAGCUAAACAUUGAAUCUAUUCGAUUGCCAAUUCUCGAAAGGCAAUAAUGGCAAUCUACUGAGAGUAUUUUGUCAAAAAAAAUGACCAUCCUUUAAUCUCUAAGUCGUUCGCAAACAGCAUUAAAGUAUAAACCCAAUAUGUCUGCAGAAAAUAAUAAAAAGUCUUUGUAAUAAUGAAUUAUGGAUGGACGUAUUCUGAAAAUAUAAAUUUAGUAUUAUAAAAAGAAGAGAUGAUGCAUGCAGUGGGAUGAAGUUCAAUGUAUUGAGGAAAUUAGUUUCAAUUUUAAAUAAUUGUA